AACUUCGGGCCACGCGCCGGGCUGCGGAGCAGAGCCCUCUACACCGCCUGAUCUGUCCGGACCAAGUUGAGGGGCGGGCCGAGCCAUACCCACCUGCCGGAUCCUUCAGCUGCCCCUUUAAAAUAUGUGUCAGAGACAGCGCUUCGCAGGAGCUGAAAAUGGUCAAAAGACUUCUGGAUUUUCUUCCUCCCUUUCCAGCCCUUCCAGCCUCCUUGCCUGACUCGGAUGAUGUGAUAUUCAGAGGGAUUCCUUAAUCCAAGUCACCGCUCAGCCAGGCACAUCUACAGAAGAUUGCGUCCAUAAUUCAAGAUGGCCAGCCAGCCGCCCGAAGAGCCUGCGGAGUCUCAGGUCUCAGAUGAGCUCGAGUGUAAGAUCUGUUACAACCGGUACAACCUGAAACAGCGGAAGCCCAAGGUCCUGGAGUGUUGUCACAGGGUUUGCGCCAAAUGCCUCUACAAGAUCAUAGACUUUGGGGACUCUCCCCAAGGUGUCAUCGUCUGCCCUUUCUGCAGGUUUGAGACGUGCCUGCCGGAUGACGAAGUGAGCAGUCUGCCCGAUGACAAUAACAUCCUUGUAAAUCUGACUUGCGGAAGCAAAGGGAAGAAAUGCCUGCCCGAGAACCCCACCGAGCUGCUGCUUACCCCCAAGAGGCUGGCUUCCCUUGUCAGCCCUUCCCACACAUCCUCCAACUGCUUGGUGAUCACCAUCAUGGAGGUACAGAGGGAGAGCUCCCCGUCUCUCAGCUCCACCCCUGUGGUAGAAUUCUACAGGCCAGCAAGUUUCGACUCUGUCACCACAGUGUCCCACAAUUGGACGGUGUGGAACUGCACCUCCUUGCUCUUUCAGACGUCCAUCCGGGUACUGGUGUGGUUGCUAGGUUUGCUGUACUUCAGCUCCUUGCCCUUAGGGAUCUACUUACUGGUGUCUAAGAAGGUCACCCUGGGGGUGGUCUUUGUUAGCCUUGUCCCCUCUAGCCUUGUCAUCCUUAUGGUAUAUGGUUUUUGCCAAUGCGUUUGUCAUGAAUUUCUGGACUGUAUGGCACUUCCUUCUUAAUCAAUAUGCAGAAUCAGAAACUUGGCACAUGUGGCUACGUUCAACCGAUGUUUGUGUGACCUGCUUUCUUUUGCAUUCCCUACGAUUAGUGUCUGCAGCCUCAACGAAGCCCUUGGCCAUGCGUCUGUGGUCCAUUUUCCAUCCAGAGUUUGGUUUGAUGGGUUUUCCUGGAUUCUGAAAA